AUGAGCCUCGAAGGGCGACUUCCCCAAGAAACGCUCGCGAUGGGUUUCCCAGAGCACGGCGCUGGACUUUCCCCGGCACCAACGACAGCUCCCAGCGAGGAGUCGAGGCAAAUGAUGCUCGAAGCCAGAAGUCUACCCCCCAAUGCCUGUGGAGUUCGUCGCCUUGAUAAUGGAACUUUCGAGACAUUCUCUUGCGUCAGCAACGAUUGCUACAGCUCGGGACCAUGGUUCGGAUGUCGCAACGUCCUCAAGACGGAAUGUUUUGAUGGGAACGCGCCUGUUUGCCAGCAGACAACGUCGUCUCUAGGCCAGAAAGCGCUUUGCUGCACUCGAUCAGGUCCGAGCCAGUUACCGUAUUGCCUGACACUCCUGAGGCCUGACGACUCAGGACAAAAAACAUGGCUCCGAUGCGGCAAUCCUGCCUACAGUGGACAAAAAAUCAUGGUGAUAGGUACCGAGUCCGACGACCCAGACGCGACCAGGACUGUAGACCCUUCGGACACUGCAACAACCACGCCACCUCCGUCCGGAUCAUCCUCGAACUCGACAGGUGCCAUCGUCGGAGGCGUGGUCGGUGGGGUGGCUGUGGUAGCCAUAGCCGUCUGCGUCAUCGUCUGGUUGGUAUUGCGGCGGAGGAAACGCUUGAGGGAGGACGGGUGGCAUAUUCCCUUGACGCCAGGCUCUCAAUCGCAGCACACUCAGCCAUAUUACUCUCAAGCUGGGUAUGAGGAGCAUGAUGACCCUUCCAAGGCGCAACGCGGGCCGAUGCCCUCGCCCACACCUCUUGUUGAGGUGCAGGGAAGCAACGUGAUCGACAACCGAAGACCGGUGGAGCUAGGAACUUGA